AUGGCCACAGAACCGUAUCGUCAGACAGCGAGUGAGGUCCUUGCCAGGAUAAAUAGUGGUGACUUGACCGUGGAGCAGUAUGCUCAAUCACUCCUGGCACGUAUCAAGGCCAGAGAUGCCGUGGUAAAAGCAUGGGCGUACCUGGACCCUGCGCGGGUCAUUGAAGAGGCGAAAAGGCUGGAUCAAGUGCCUAUUGAUGAACGUGGUCCCCUUCAUGGAGUGGCAAUUGCUGUCAAGGAUGUCAUUUAUACCAAAGACAUGCCAACCCAAUUCAACUCUCCGGCCUAUGAGGGUCAUGGGCCAACAGUAGAUGCGGCAUCUAUCAUGAUUCUACGGCAGGCCGGCGCCCUGAUCUUCGGGAAGACCACAACGACCGAAUUCGCAGCUACGACACAGGGGCCGAUAACAACCAAUCCUCAUGACUCGUCCCGCACACCCGGAGGCUCUUCAUCUGGGUCCGGGGCUGCCGUAGGAGAUUUUCAGGCUCCCAUAGGACUGGGCACGCAGACAGGAGGCAGCACCAUCCGGCCGGGCUCAUUCAACGGGAUCUAUGCCUUCAAGCCGACUUGGAAUUCGAUCUCGCGUGAGGGCCAAAAAAUAUACUCUCUUAUUCUAGACACCUUAGGGCUCUAUACCCGCAGUGUCGAUGAUCUGGAGCUACUUGCCGAUGUCUUCAAGCUGGAAGACGAUAUGGCCCCAGAUAGGGACUUCAAAGUCAUGGGUUCCAAAUUUGCUGUCUGCAAAACAAUGGUGUGGCCGCAGGUCGGUCCUGGCACUGCUGCUGCCAUGGAAAAGGCUGCUGAGCUGCUUCGCGCACACGGCGCGGAGGUAGACGAGAUCGGUUUUCCGGAGGACCUGAAUGAUCUCCCGCGGUGGCACAGCACGGUCCUUAACUCUGACGGGCGGGUGGCCUUCCUCCCUGAUUAUUGCGCGUCCAAGGGCAAGAUAUCGAAACAGCUGAUCGACCAGGUCGAGAACCGAGGUCGCAUCUCAAGAGCCGCUCAGCUGGAAGCGUUCGACAAGAUUGCCACAGCACGACCCGUUGUGGACGAGAUGGUUGGAAAGUACGCUGCAGUACUAGUUCCCAGUGUGCCAGAUGAGGCACCUGAGGGCAUCGACAGUACGGGCAGCGCUGCCUUCAAUGGCAUUUGGACGGCACUUCACAACCCGGUUAUCAAUAUCCCGGGCUUCCACGGGGGCAAUAACAUGCCCAUCGGCAUCUCCCUUGUCGCUCCACGAUACUAUGACCGGCAUUUAUUAGCUGUAGGUAGAAGGGUAGGCGAGAUCUUCGAGCAAGAGGGUGGCUGGAAGCCGAAGAACUAG